GGAAGAGAGAGACACACACACACUCUCACACACACAGAGUUGCCGGUGUCUUGACAGUGUGUAGCGGCAGCAGAAAACAGUGGAGGCAGACUGUUGGAGAUCCAUCAGGGGAAUAGUCAGAAACCUGCUGCUGGAGCAGAAGCAUCACACAGGCAGAGAUCACCAGACGGCUGUGUGCAUGGUCUCAUGAGUACCUUGUCUGCCACAUCAGAGAUGCAGACUCCCGCUCUCGGCCCACAGUUCAUAGUGGGGCCUCAGGGAAAGGUGCCAGGCAGAAAGAGAGGGCGGCCUCCCAUCCGUAAGCUUGAGUUCCAGAGUCACUACGUUGAGCCUCUGUUGUCCCCUCUGAAAGUCCCAAAGAAGAGGGGCAGAAAACCUGGCUUUAAGCUGAAGCCCAGGAUGGUGAUGUCCCCGCUGGCUAACUCUCCUCCAAACAGCACACCAGAGACUGAGAUGUGCUCUCUCCCACAGGAUGCUGCUAUCGUCCCUCACUCUGCCACUCCACAAGUCCUGACAGAGACUCCAAUGCCUGAUGACUACUUAUGUGACCCACCAGUGGACUCGAAGCGCUACGCUGUGGAUCCCAGUGACUCUGCCUUCAACCUCAUGGCAUCCCAGUACCCACAAAAACACUCUUAUGCUUAUCGUGGCAGCAGUUGUUCUGCCCCAAUAGGUGUGUGUAGACAAGCAUCCAGCCCUGGAAGCUUCACGGAUGGGAACAGGAAUGCUUACAGUCCAAUGCCUGACAGUGGACAGUGCAAGCAUGCUGCUGGUAAGGACCCGUCCAGGUGGGGUGUCGAGGAGGUUGUUUGGUUCAUCAAAGAUGCUGACCCCCAAGCCCUGGGACCCCAUGCUGAGGCUUUCAGGAAGCAUGAGAUAGACGGUGACGCUCUGCUCUUGCUGAAAAGUGAGAUGAUGAUGAAAUAUCUUGGACUGAAGCUGGGACCUGCUCUUAAACUGUGUUACCACAUCGACAGGCUCAAACAGAAUCGGUUGUGAUUUUCUGAUCACCUUCCUCUACAAACUGCCCCAAUGCAGAUUCUACCAAACUUUCUCAACAAUCAGCAAUACUUCAUGAAUGCCUAUGGAUCCUGAAUACACACUCACCAGCUUUUACUGCAUCUGCAGUGCAUUUUUUUUUGUCAAUUUGGACAUGUGGACUGUACACCCAUCUGCCAUGCUUCACUGGGUAUCUGACAGGCUUUAGUUGUAAAUAGUAGUAUUUUGUCACUUGACCUUUGUUUAUUUCAUCUCUGCAGUCUGCACACAGCUCAGUAAAUCUUACUAACAUGAAUUUGUGCAGAUCUAAAUCAUGCACAGCCUAUAGAGACCUCUGAAGAUCUAUAGGGGGCAGAAACUUACAGGUGCUUUUACUCAAUAUCAUAUUUAAGAUAUGGGUUAAUACAUAAUGCUGCUCUAGUUCUUAAAUUAUUGUUUUCUGAGUAAGUUUACUGAUGAUUAUGUUGACACAUACAUAACUCCUAGACACAAACUCUACAAUAAUUAUUGGAAUCUUCUAACUUUGAGCUGAAGCUAAUGUGAAUGCAUCUUGAGUAAAUCCAAAUUGGGAGGGGAAAAAACAAUUUCAUUAAGUGGGAACUCCAUAAUGAGGAGUAUUUUUCUUUUGAUCCAUUCUAUUUUGUAUAAAGUCCUUAUGUCAGUAUGAUAAACUCUGGUGGAAACGACAAGUGUUUAUCCCACUCACGAACAGUGGAACAAAGGUAUUUUCUAAUGGGAAAACAUUUACCGUGAACCACUGCAAAACAACAUUUAAGCCAUAUGGUGCUACACAAAUCCGAGGUGCAUGCAGUCAAAAAGACAGGAAGGACAGGAGACACAGACAGGUACCAGGGUUUUUCACUGUGUUCUCAUUCUUUGUACAUCAUGUAAAAAUAAUUAAGUAGCAGGCCACUUUACAUGGUACAGAGUGAGGUGCUUGUUUGACUUGGGGUUGCAAAGCAGUGUGAGAAAAAGCAGCAGGUCGCCAACUCAAACAACUUGGUGCUUUUUGAAACCAUUACUGCUACUAUAAACACAAAACUGAACCAUUACAUAUCCUUCUUAACUUUAUCACUAUUGCUUCCAAGUACAUUUACAUUUUACAUUCUUCACAUGCAAUAUCUCUCUACAGUCAUUUCAAAUACAAAUGCCUGAAAUGUGUUAUGCCUGCAUAAUGAUAUAUUGUGGUAUUUCAUUUUCAGACAGUAGAAAUUGACAAACUAUUAAGUAAAUUAUCUUGGGCAUUAAUAAUGUUUUUUUUUUUUUUGCAACUACUCAAUACAAGUAUGUCAUAAAAAAUAACAACCUGUGAACUCAUUGAUGAUCGAUCACAUGUAAUGCUUUAAAAAAAACGUGUAAAGUACUUAUUUAUUGCUUUGUUCUAUUUGUUUUGCUAACAUUUUGCGUAAGUAAGUGUGCCACAGACUUAUGCAAGUACAGCUUGUAUGCGUAUGUAUGAAGUCUGUAAAGUACAAAACUAUCUUUUUGCCCCGAUGAGCUACGAGCCACAGCAAAACGUAACAUUACUGUUCAAUUUUGCUUUUUCAAUCUGCUAACUUUGUGAUUUAAACUUGAAUUGAAGUGAAGCAAUUGUGUUGCACACGAGCCAUUUCUCUAAACUCAAAUUUUUUAUUACCAGUUUGAGCCAUAUUUAAUUAAUGUUGACUCCCUAUUGCCAUUGUAUUUCUUUUUUAUAUUAUUUUCAAAACGACUUUUCCAGAUGAAAUAAAGCUUAUUGUUCAAAAAGUC